UUGAGAAAAUCCAGCGAACUAACCAUGCCUGAUCCAGUUAAGGCCCCGAAGAAAGGCUCCAAGAAGGCCGUGUCUAAAGCCACCAAGACCGGCAAGAAGAAGAGAAAGACCAGGAAGGAGAGCUAUGCCAUCUACGUGUACAAGGUGCUGAAGCAGGUCCACCCCGACACCGGCAUCUCCUCCAAGGCCAUGGGCAUCAUGAACUCCUUUGUGGGGGACAUCUUUGAGCGCAUCGCCGGUGAGGCUUCCCGCCUUGCUCACUACAACAAGCGCUCCACCAUCACCUCCAGGGAGAUCCAGACCGCCGUCCGCCUGCUGCUUCCUGGUGAGCUGGCCAAACACGCCGUGUCUGAGGGCACCAAGGCCGUCACCAAGUACACCAGCUCCAAGUAAAUCUGCUGUCUGUACCAACAACUCAAAGGUCCUUUUCAGGACCACC